AUUACACCGUCGUUUAUGUCCAACAAAAUAUUGAGAUCAUAUAGAAAAUAGAAAAUAUAGAGAUCAACAACGUGUCAGUAUGGGAUGACAAGCGUAUUUGGCACUUCGCUUGGAACAGCCGGUGCACCAUGUUUUUGGGCAUGGAAUUAUGAUUAUGUGCUUUUGCUUACAAGAAUACCAGAUGUACCGAAAGAAGAGAUGUGUUGUUCAUAGAAUGGCCUCAAUUUGUUUGUGGAAGAAGGUAUGGCUGGUUCUCAUCACAUUCAACAAGACGUUCCGCGAGUCCUGCAUAAACUUCUCUUCGUGUUCUCCCUUGCUGUGGUUUGCGCGUCGCUGUACUUCAUUCUCUCCGGCUGCUGUGAUUUUAUUUUAGUGGAUACUGCGAAACAUUUGAAGCAAACCUCUCAACUUUUACCUUUGACUGAGCUUUUCCAAAGGAAGAAUGCCUCAUUUGAGAAGAGGGCUACAGAUAUCGGUGUGCGCUCAGCAGGUGCAGUUGGUGCGCAAUCAGCCAAUGUUGGUAAGGACUGGACCGCAGCAAGGAGACUACCCCAAGCAAUCAUCAUAGGGGUGAAAAAGGGCGGAACACGAGCUCUUUUGGAAUUCCUAAGACUUCAUCCUGACAUUCGAGCACUUGGCUCUGAACCUCACUUUUUCGACAGACAUUACUCACGUGGGUUGAAUUGGUACAGGAACCUGAUGCCCAAAGCUCUGGAGGGCCAGGUGGUCCUGGAGAAGACACCCAGGUACUUUGUGACAGCGGAUAGCCCCGGCCGGAUCCACUCCAUGUCCCAGGAGGUCAAACUGAUCGUGGUGGUGCGUGACCCUGUGACCCGCGCCAUCUCUGACUACACCCAGAUCAUAUCCAAGACUCCUGGCGUUCCCAGCUUUGAGACUCUGACGUUCCAUAACGGGACGGAGGAGGCGUUGAAGGUGGACUCCCUGUGGAGCCCCAUCUGGAUUGGCCUGUAUGCUCUGCACCUGGAGAGGUGGCUGGCCCACUUCCCCUUGGAACAGAUCCACUUUGUCCAUGGGGAGAGGCUGGUGAGCGACCCUGCAGGGGAGCUGGGCAGAGUCCAAGACUUUCUGGGACUUCAGAGGAUCAUCACAGACAAACACUUCUACUUCAACAAGACAAAGGGUUUCCCCUGCCUGAAGAAGCCAGAGGGCAGCAGCAAGCCCCACUGCCUGGGCAGAACCAAGGGCAGGCCACAUGCUGACAUCCACCCUCAGGUCAUCCUCAGGUUACGUCAGUUCUACCAGCCACACAACCUGCGCUUCUACCAGAUGACAGGGCAGGACUUUGGCUGGUAGGAUGGGAGCCUAGAAAGAGGUGGAAAAAAGAUGGUACCAUCGUUACUGUUCAAAACACAGGCUGCACGAAGAGGAUACAGGACAAAGCUUGAAUUGGUGUAUUUUGUGACGGUCCUGAUGUCAUCUGGAGUAACUCAAGUCCUCAUGCAACCUGUAUUGGCAAACAAAUCAAAACAGUCACACUUUAUUUUGUGACAGUUAAACCGCAAGAAGUAACGUGAGUAAUGCCAUAGGCCUACUGUGUAACACCAUGGAAAGUGACAACAACAUCCACCGUCAGAAAGCAGGUCCUCAGAACUCUAGUGUGAACUUACCCUUUACUCCACUAGAUGGCAGUCCUUCCCCAACAGAGGCUUAGACAGUAUUGUCGAAGUACUGUAAACUACU